AUGCAAAUCGGCCGGAACUUUACGAAAGUGCUAUUCUCGAUGCGUGUCUUCCAAAGCUUGACCUACACCUUCCCGACAUCCUUUAUCCUGACUGUCGGUUUGGGAUUUGUGAUCUUAGCUGUCAUCAUGUGUGCACUAUUUCGCAAUGUGCCAUCAUCCCAGCCAGUAGCAGCCCCGUUGGACUCUGAUCCCUGGACAGCACCCUCGCAGCCCACCGGACCAAACAGUCCUAACUCCAAGCGGAAGCUGAGGAAGCGUCGGAAGUUGUCAGUAUUCAACUGA